AUGCAUUGGAUCACAGUUUUACUUGCUGGAUUGACUAUAUGUGGAAAAGUGACAGUGCACAAUUGCUUAGAUUAUGAAGACAAUUAUGAUUAUUAUGAAGAGGACAGAGCGGAAUCAAUUGACUACAAAGAUCCGUGUAAAGCUGCUGUCUUUUGGGGAGAUAUCGCCUUAGAUGAAGAAGAUUUGAAAAUGUUUCAGAUCGACAGAACAAUAGACCUCACUCACCAUACAAACGAAAGACAAGGCCACACAUCAGGUGGUUUAGGUGAACAUGACAUAGCUAAAAAGAAAGGAUCACUAUACCUGCUGUUAGACAGGAUACGAAGAUUGGGUUUGGACAAUGGGCAAAAAAAUUCCACCAGGGAACCUGCAGGCCCAAAAUCCUCAGGGAAAAUUCAGAAAAGCAGAAUUCCUCGAGCCGCCACUUCCAGAGCAGAGAGAAUAUGGCCUGGAGGAGUCAUUCCAUAUGUUAUUGGAGCGAAUUUCACUGGCAGCCAGCGAGCCAUGUUCAAACAGGCCAUGAGACACUGGGAGAAGCAGACCUGCGUCACGUUCAUAGAGAAAACAGACGAGGAGAGCUACAUCGUCUUCACAUACAGGCCCUGCGGGUGCUGCUCCUAUGUGGGGAGACGUGGAAACGGGCCGCAGGCUAUAUCCAUCGGCAAGAACUGCGAUAAGUUCGGCAUCGUCGUUCACGAGCUGGGACAUGUGAUCGGCUUCUGGCACGAGCACACACGGCCGGACCGAGACGAUCAUGUGACCAUCAUCAGAGAUAACAUUCAGCCAGGGCAGGAAUACAACUUUCUUAAGAUGGAACCUGGGGAGGUGAACUCUCUAGGGGAGCCGUAUGACUUCGACAGCAUUAUGCACUACGCCAGGAACACCUUCUCAAGGGGCAUGUUUCUGGACACCAUCCUUCCCUCCCGUGACGAGAACGGGAUCAGGCCUGCCAUCGGACAGCGGACGAGACUGAGUAAAGGAGACAUUGCACAGGCAAGGAAGCUGUAUAGAUGCCCAGCUUGUGGGGAGACGUUACAGGAGUCAACGGGUAAUUUUUCAUCUCCUGGCUAUCCCAACGGUUACCCGUCAUACACACACUGUGUGUGGAGAGUAUCAGUGACUCCUGGAGAAAAGAUUGUUCUGAACUUCACAACAAUGGACCUGUAUAAAAGUAGUCUAUGCUGGUAUGACUACAUUGAAGUUCGGGAUGGCUACUGGAGGAAGGCACCCCUUCUAGGCCGAUUCUGUGGAGACAAAGUGCCUGAGGUCCUGACCUCCACAGACAGCCGCAUGUGGGUGGAGUUCCGCAGCAGCAGCAACUGGGUGGGGAAAGGAUUCGCCGCUGUUUAUGAAGCCAUCUGUGGAGGUGAGAUCAACAAAGACGCAGGUCAGAUCCAAUCCCCCAACUACCCAGACGACUACCGGCCGACGAAGGAGUGCGUCUGGAAGAUAACUGUUUCGGAGGACUACAACGUGGGAUUAAGUUUUCAGGCUUUCGAGAUCGAGAGACACGACAGCUGUGCCUAUGACUACUUGGAGGUUCGAGAUGGAAACACGGAAAACAGCCCUCUCAUUGGUCGCUUUUGUGGAUACGAUAAGCCAGAAGACAUCCGCUCUACCUCAAAUAAUCUGUGGAUGAAGUUUGUCUCGGAUGGAACGGUCAACAAGGCCGGAUUUGCUGCUAACUUUUUCAAAGAGGAAGAUGAGUGUGCCAAACCAGACAAUGGAGGAUGUGAGCAGAGAUGUGUCAACACCCUGGGGAGCUACAAGUGCGCCUGUGACCCUGGCUACGAGCUUGCCCCCGACAAGAAGAGCUGCGAAGCUGCCUGUGGAGGCCUGCUGUCAAAGCUGAAUGGGACCAUCACUACCCCCGGCUGGCCAAAGGAAUACCCCCCCAAUAAAAACUGCGUGUGGCAGGUGGUGGCCCCCACACAGUACCGCAUCUCCAUGCAGUUUGAGUUCUUUGAGCUGGAGGGAAAUGAGGUGUGCAAAUACGAUUAUGUGGAGGUCCGCAGUGGCCUGUCCUCAGACUCCAAGCUGCAUGGAAAGUACUGUGGAACCGAAGUGCCUGAAGUCAUCACUUCCCAGUACAACAACAUGAGAAUCGAGUUCAAAUCUGACAACACCGUGUCCAAAAAGGGCUUCAAGGCUCACUUCUUCUCAGAUAAGGAUGAGUGUUCCAAGGACAAUGGCGGCUGCCAGCAUGACUGCAUCAACACUAUAGGAAGCUAUGUGUGUCAGUGCCGCAAUGGAUUCGUGCUACACGAAAACAAACACGACUGCAAAGAAGCCGAAUGCGAGCACAAGAUACACAGCUCCAGCGGGACGAUUAGCAGCCCCAAUUGGCCCGACAAGUACCCGAGCCGCAAGGAGUGCACCUGGGACAUCACGGCCACCCCGGGACACCGCGUAAAGAUUUCCUUUAAUGAGUUUGAGAUCGAGCAGCACCAGGAAUGCGCCUACGACCAUCUGGAGGCGUUCGACGGAGACAGCGACAAGGCAGCCAUUCUGGGACGACUGUGUGGGAGCAAGAUACCUGACCAGCUUGUCUCCACCGGUAACAAGAUGUACCUGCGGUUCAUUUCUGAUGCCUCGGUCCAGAGGAAGGGCUUCCAGGCCACCCAUUCCACAGAGUGCGGGGGGAGGCUGAAAGCUGAGCCCAGGCAGAAGAACCUCUACUCUCACUCCCAGUUUGGCGACAACAACUACCCGGGGCACACGGACUGUGAGUGGCUGAUCAUAGCCGAGAAGGGCUAUGGGAUUGAGCUCACCUUCACCACGUUCGAGGUGGAGGAAGAGGCGGACUGCGGGUAUGACUACAUCGAGCUGUUCGAUGGGUAUGACAGCACGGCUCAGAGGCUGGGCCGCUUCUGCGGAUCCGGGCCCAGAGAAGAGAUCUACUCCGCGGGCGAUGCCCUACUGAUUCACUUCCAUAGCGACGACACCAUCAGCAAGAAGGGAUUCCACAUACGAUACACCAGCACCAAGUUCCAGGAAGCCCUGCACACCAAAAAAUAAAGCGGAAAACCUCACCAGAAACGACACCUUUUAUACACACGGCUAAACUGAACAGAACGCUGCUCAUCUGUGGAAAAUAAUGCACCCAAUGAGAAAAAAAAACCCCCACAAACACACACAAACAUGCUCAAACAAAAGUGCGCUGUUGUAAGAGAGGUUGUCCAGAUGA